AUUUUUCCAACUCAACGGAUACCUGCGAAGCUUCAUCCGAAGAUGUCUGAAAACAAAUCAAACAGACAGUCUACACCAACGAGGGAGAGACGCGUUGUUUUACCUUAUAUGAAGAAUAUAUCCGAAAUGGCAGCAAGACUAUACAAACAACAUCACCUAAUGGUAGCACACAAACCAACUGCUACAUUGAAGAAAAUUCUGUCGAAACCGAAAGGGAAACUGGAAGCUCAUGAGCAAAGUAAUGUUGUAUAUAGACUAAGUUGCAGACAUUGCGAAAAGGACUAUGUUGGUCAAACAGGUAGAAAAUUAUCAACACGAUUACAAGAACACAAAAGAGUAUGCAAGACACUAUGCAUCAUCGCUAGUCUCAGCACAGGUGGAUGAAAAAGAACACAGCUUUGAUUGGGCCAAGACAGAAGUCCUGGCACGAGGUGAAACAAGGAGAGCAAGGAAGUUUCUGAAAGCGUGGUUCUCAACAAAAGACUCGAUCAACAUGCAUAUCGAAAUUGACCCAGUUUACCAACCCCUCGGACGGAGAGAACUUAGAGAAAUUAUGAGACGCC